GAAAACAGAAAAUGCUAAAAUAACUCCUCAACAAAACUGUCGUGUCACAUUAAAAACUUUCAAGUACAACCACUUUCUCUGCAUAUAUUCCCAAAAUUCAACACGUUUUCUUCUUCUUCUGCAGACCUAUCAAAUGGAAGCGGGAUCAUCGCCAUCCGCCGCCGCCGGCGGAGGACCGGCACCGUUCUUGAUAAAGACAUAUGACAUGGUGGAUGAUUCAUCGACUGACGAGAUUGUGUCUUGGAGUUCGAACAAAAACAGCUUUGUCGUAUGGAACCCUCCAGAAUUCGCCAGAUUGUUGCUUCCUACCUUUUUCAAGCACAAUAAUUUCUCUAGCUUUAUCAGACAAUUAAAUACCUAUGGAUUUAGAAAGAUUGAUCCUGAGAAAUGGGAAUUUGCCAAUGAAGAUUUUUUGAGAGAUCAAAAGCAUCUGCUUAAGAACAUCCACAGAAGAAAACCAAUCCACAGUCACAGCAACCCUCAAGGUUCUUUAGUGGAUCAAGAAAGAGCAGCAUAUGAGGAAGAAAUAGACAAGCUAUCACGUGAUAAAGCCAAACUCGAGGCAAGUAUUCUAGGGUUUUCACAGCAGCGGUCAUCUGCAAAGCUUCAUGUGGAAGAUCUAACACAGAGGAUAGAUACUAUGCAGCAGAGGCAGAAAAAGUUGCUGUCGUUCUUAGAGAAGGCUGUUCAAAACCCUGCUUUUGUUGAACAUCUUGCUUGUAAGAUUGAAUCUAUGGAUUUUUCAGCAUAUAGCAAGAAGAGACGACUGCCUCAAGUUGAUCACUCAAUGCCAACUGCAGAAAAUAGUUUUGUCGAAAAUCACUGUAGUUCUAGGCCUGAGUCUAAUGUCAUCCAUCAAGAUUUCUCAAAUAAGUUGAGGCUGGAAUUAUCACCAGCUGUUUCAGAUAUUAAUUUGAUUUCACGUAGUACGCAGAGCUCCAAUGAAGACAGGGGAAGCCCACAAAGGAAAAUAUCUGAAGGGAAUCCAAAAGAUGGACCUACUAGGACAUCAGGUUUACUAUUGGCACCUGAAACAUUGGAACUUUCGGAUACUGGGACAUCGUAUACAUUUAAAGUGAAUCCUGCUGUCCCAAGAGACUUACCAGCAAGUGGGAGCCAAGCACAACAUUCACUUCAGGCGAAUUUGACUUCCAAUGAAGAAGUUGAUGGCCUUAUUUCCUGUCAAUUGAACCUAACCCUGGCAUCUUCUGCAUUGCAAGUCAACAAAAAUCCUUAUUUAGCUAGGAUGCCUCCACUACGUCAGGAAAUUGUCAAAUCUCCAGAAUCAAGGUUUAACGAGAGUAACAAAGAUUCUGACAUGCGAGUUAUUCAGAACAUGAAUCUGGGUAACGAGGGCACAACUUUAUCCUCCUCCCAGGAGAUCCCAAAUAACAAUCAAGUGCCUGCAUCAGCUCCAGCUAGAGUCAAUGAUGGUUUCUGGGAACAGUUCCUAACUGAAAGACCGGGCUCUUCUGAAAAUGAAGAGGCAAGUUGUAAUUACCGAGCAAACUCUUAUGAUGAGCAGGAUGAAAGAAGGUUAGGUUUCGGAGUGCCAAGAAAUGCUAAAAACAUGGAGCAGCUCUCUCUAUGAGCAUCACAAUUGUCUUAAAGCUUAGCGAGAGGUGUGCGGAGGUUUCUCCUGGUACCUUCUGUAGUUUCAAAAAUUUACAAUUGGUAACAUCUAGAAUAUAACUUGACAUGAAACUAUCUAUUUGGUUUAAAUAAUAUAAUGUUGACAUGCCACUAGUAA